AUGGGUAGAUCUCUAUGUCUUCUCAAAUACAAGCAGACAAUUGAUGAAUCUAGAAAGCUCCGAGCCCUUGGUGAUAGGAAGAACACCGAGCACGGUGCUUCAGACGACCCUAAAGCACCCGCCUACUGGAAUAUUUAUACCGUCCUGAAGCAUACAAUCAACCCGGGUGGCCGGCUGCCCUACCUUGUGAUCGCCACUCACUGCCAUUUCGACCACAUCCUAGGCAUUGGUCUGCUCCCACCAACCGACUCAGGGCCGCAACAUCAGAAUGUAGACCAGAGAACGGGACCCAUAACGGCCGUUCUUUCGUCGGCACAUAACAAAAGCCACAUCAGUCCAUGGAAGCAGGAUUUCGUGUACUCGCCGAGCACGUCUAUAAACGUUCCUACUGGAAUCACCAUUUUCCACACACCGGGCCAUACCCCAGACUCCCUAACAUGGUAUGACAAAGACUCCCGUCUCCUCUACGUUGGAGACAGCUUCUACGAGACCAAGUCCGAGGAUACGAAAGAAUGUCAAUUGGAAGGAGAAAUGCGCGCCCCGAUCCUCUUUGAAGAAAGAAGUCAUCUCUUAACCUGGUGGAGGAGCUUGGACAAAGUGUUGCAAUUUACAAAGGAGCAAAAUGCUCAGUUGGAACACCAGUACACUAGAUCCGGACCACCACCGCGUGUGGCGAUAUCUGCUUCGCAUGUCACUACUACUUCGCCUGAUGCAGAACCGUUCUUGUUUUCGAUACGGGCAUUUAUGUCGCGUAUCCUUCGGGGCGAAGUUAAAACGACACCACCCGAUAGCGGUGUACUUCCUUUCAAGGACGUCAUGGUCUACGACGAUGGCCCGCAAGCUGCUGCUUCGAAGAACUUUGAGUGGAUUGUCUGGGCACCUAAGCGAACUAUCGAAGAGGGCGUCUGGGAGAUACCGAGAGAAGAGUUGUCGUGA